UCCUUCAGCUCUGGCUCGGUGAGGCGCUCUGGAGCGGGCGGACCGGAUUCCCCCCAUGAGCCCGGCCAACCACUCUCUGGUGAUCGACGGGAAGAGCUGCUGUGUGUUCCGAGAUGACUUCAUCGCCAAAGUGCUGCCGCCGGUGCUGGUGCUGGAGUUCGUGUUCGGGCUUCUUGGCAACGGCCUGGCCCUGUGGAUUUUCUGCUUCCAUCUCAAGUCCUGGAAAUCCAGCCGGAUCUUCUUGUUCAACUUAGCCGUGGCUGACUUUCUGCUCAUCAUCUGCCUGCCGCUCCUCACAGACAACUAUGUGAAGAGAUGGGACUGGAAGUUCGGCGACGUGGCCUGCCGGCUGACGCUCUUCAUGCUGGCCAUGAACCGGCAGGGCAGCAUCAUCUUCCUCACCGUGGUGGCCGUGGACAGGUACUUCCGCGUGGUCCACCCGCACCAUCCGCUGAACAAAAUGUCCAAUCGGACCGCGGCCAUCAUCUCGUGCGUGCUGUGGGCGGUCACCAUCGGCCUGACCGUCCACCUGCUCUACAAGAAGAUGCUGGCCGAGAACGGCAGGGCCAAGCUGUGCAGCAGCUUCAGUAUCUGCCAGACCUUCCGCUGGCACGAUGCCAUGUUCCUCCUGGAGUUCUUCCUGCCCCUGGGCAUCAUCGUGUUCUGCUCGGCCAGGAUCAUCUGGAGUCUGCGGCAGCGGCAGAUGGACAAGCACGCCAAGAUCAGGCGCGCCAUCAACUUCAUCAUGGUGGUGGCCGUGGUCUUCAUCAUCUGCUUCCUGCCCAGCGUGGCUGUCCGCAUUCGCAUCUUUUGGCUGCUGUACACGGCGGGCACCGGCAACUGUGAGCUCUACCGCUCGGUGGACCUGGCCUUCUUCAUCACGCUCAGCUUCACCUACAUGAACAGCAUGCUGGACCCCGCGGUGUAUUACUUCUCCAGCCCGUCCUUCCCCAACUUCUUCUCCACGCUGUUUGGCCGCUGCUCCCACGCCGCGCCGGAGGCCGCGCACCACCGCAGCACCAGCGUGGAGCUCACGGGCGAGCCGAGCCUCUCCAGAAGUGUCCCCGACGCGCUCAUGGCCGACCCCAGAGACACCUGGGGACCCUCUCAUUAGAAUGACCAGGAGAGAAAGGGAGGAAAGGUACACCGUCACCAAGAAGUGAGGUCUCUGGAGACAGCCAUUCGGCUCUGGGGCAGAGAACAACAUUGGGUUUGGGCCUGCGGUUUCCUGAAACUUCCAGAUUCUGAGAAUCAAGACUCAGAGAAACGGCGCAGUGGAGUGGACGAGGUGCGACCACAGACGUUUCUUUUUCUUUUCUUUUUUUGAGGAAACAGCAAAGUGUCCAGGCAUCUGCACCUCCGCUGAGCCCCCCACGCGGCGUGGGGGGGGGGCUGAACCCCACAUGUCACCAUCUUGUCGCGUGGUCUCCGACAUUCCCACCUGCGACGCGUUGGCCUCUUUGCCUGCCUCAGACACAGGCUGCUGUCCGUCUGUCCGUCCAUCCAGCCUGUCUGUGGGGCCCUGUGGUGGGUCAGUAGAGCCAGGAGACUGGACAGGGAGGGUCUGGAAAGUUCAGUAUCGUGACACAAGCCAGUAGUACCACCUGGGUUCCAUGGCCCGGCUUGCAGCAAACAGGUAGCAGGUGAAGCAAUCCCUAAGCUUAGGUUCGGGUCUGAGUUUCCAGUGGUGCUGAGACUUGGGGAAGGGGGGGGCGGGGAGGGCCGGGAAGGGACAGUUCUGUGGCAGCCCAAGGCCAAUGGCCGCAGGGCUCCGCCUGUCCCUAAGCUGUGGUUCCCUUGUUAACACUGGUUUGAGGCUGAGCCUUUGAAAGGCUUCAGGGAAGAGAAUUGCUUCCCACCUCUGCUUUUAUCCUGGAAAGGGAAAAUGUGU